AUGUAUUUAGAAUGUUUAAAUUGUGAUGGAGAAUCUGUCAAUUCUGAAGUGAAAUUAAAAAAGAAACUUUUUUGUGAUCAUUAUGAUAAGGAAAUCCGCCCCGGGCCUUCUAGCGAUGUUACAAAAGUCAACUUUCGUUAUACUAUUAAGUCUUUUGAUUACGACGAAAAUGAAAAGAUUUUUACUGUAACAGCGUGGAUGACAUUAGUUUGGAUCGAUAGCAGACUUUCAUGGGAACCUUCAGAAUACGAUGAUAUAAAAACCAUUCAUAUGAACAUAGAUUAUAUCUGGAGUCCAGACAUUUACUUAUAUAAUGCCCACAUCGGUUCUGGGCUUGGACUGUGCCAUGCUGUUGAUUGUCUUAUUACAGCAAAAUCAAAAGUUGCUUGCGUUAUGCCAUGUGAGCAUAUUGGACAUUGCAGUAAGGGCGUUUACACAAAUUGGCCUUUCGAUCGUCAUUAUUGUUCAUUUAUGUUUGGAAGUUGGAUGAAAUCUGGAGAACAAUUGAACUUUAACGAAGAUAAAGUGAAAGUUAUUUCUUCAAAAUCAAGGCAAAAUAAUCAAUGGAAAUUGCUGGGAACAAGUGUAAAAGUGAACGAAGGAAAAUAUGAUGUUUCCCCAAAUGAAACAUAUCCUUCAGUUUAUCUCUCAUAUCUGAUUGAACGUCAUAGCGCUUAUCAUAUUGCUGGGACAAUUGUACCAGCAUUCAUUCUCAUGUUGUGCAAUGUUACAGUGCUUUGGAUGAUAGCUGAAGGAAUUGAGCGAUUUAUGCUGCCUUUUUGUGGAGAUUCGGUACCAAAUUCAGUAAAUUACUUUAAAGAUUCACACAUAAUAUCAGUGGUACUUUUAAUUGAAACUAUCACUCUUCGAGUAUUUAUUAGACGAUCAACUGAAAGUCAUGCAUAUUUGUGGAUCACCAACUUAGUUAAAACUGCUACUACUAAUAGAGUCGGAGAUUUUCUAUUGACAAGUUCUUCACCAGAAGCUGAAGAUGUAACAGAUUUAGUUGAAAAUGUUAAAAAAUUAUCAUCUAACCAAAUGAUUUGGAUUACUUUUUGUAAACUGAUUGAUCGAGUCAUUUUUACAAUAAUCAUGAUCAUUUAUAUUAUCAUGUUCAUGUCGUUAUUACCAGAAGACAAUCCGACAUUAUCUGUUGAAUUUUGUGCUACAUCAAUGAAACCUUUAGAGGUUUUAAAGACCCUUUAAAUAACAAACUAUUUCUUCAUGAGUUCCUUUUGUGUCAGUGUGAAUCAUAAACGACAACUUUUAUGUACAGGAACACAUUCAUGGUUAAUAAAGAAUUCCCUGCUCAUUUCUAUAAGAACCGUCAACCGUGAAAGUUUAUUUCUGUUCUUAAAAUGUUGCGUUUCCUUCAAAUAUAUUAGAAAUUGUUAGUGAGCGUUACCCAUUGUUGAGUUUAAGAAGUAAUUUGUGUAACCGUUUUUAACGAC